AAACUCAACAUUGAUCAGUUAUUUUGCUGAUCGCAGGGUGGCACAGAGUUGUCGAGAAAGUGUCCUUUUCUUUAAACCAGCUUGGUGUCCUCACUUCUGAGUUGCUCCAGAUGAUCAAUGCCCGGACAAGUAAGAGUGGCCGGAUAUACAGUCCUGGCGUGCUUCUCGGUAACUGGUUUGAAGAUGUGUGCUUAGAAGAGGAAUCGUUGAAAGAUUUUUUAUAUAAAAAAGAAAAUGGAGAACUACUAAUCCAGAAAUCACGAAGACUGAAAGAUUCUCUUUACAAGAAGGAGCAGCUUUCCAUUUCAAAAGAUGGGUAUAUUCAUUUUGGAGACACGGUUCUAUUUCUGAACCUCGACGUUGUUAGACUCCCAGAGGAGAAAGCUCUCAUUAUGGGUGGGAAUCUGUCCUUGGCUGUGAAUCCUGAUAUAUCGACUCUGUACACUGGUGAUAAUUUGUCAGCUCCAUGUGACUUGAGUGCAAUCGAACAGGUGAACCCCAUUGGGCGGAAUGCAUUUCGGAUUUUAAGCCUCGAAGGAGAAGCCAUGGGGGAACUUGUUAGAUUUGGGCAGAAUUUUGGCCUAGGAGCAGCUGGUGGAUUUCAGGAUAAAAUGCUGUUUAUGUCCAGCGACCAUAAAUCAUUUCAGAAUAUGGCCAAGAAAUCUUCUCUCCAGCCUGUCUUCAUGACGGAUGAACUUUCAUACCUGUGUGCCUGGCAAAUUACCUUCCUGGAUCCACAGUUACGCCUGGAAUAUGAAGGUUUGCCAAUCCCUGCAAAUACAAAAGUUGUCAUCGUUCACACCCAUACAAAUCAGGCACUCGCAGUUCCCAGGACCUUCUGGAUAAGGACAUACUUUGGGAAAGAAUGCGAAAUCAACUGCCACACCUAUCUGGAUUCCCACAAAGCUGAAGAGAGCAAGAACCACUGGAUCAUAGUCACGGGGAAUCCUAGCGACGAUUCGACGACAAUGUUCAAUAGGCCAAAGCCUCAGUCAGAGGAGACUAGAGCACAGAAUACAGAAUGCCUAUGAAAAAAAUCCUCGGAAUGAACAGUUAAAACUUGGGGCUUUCGUGAAAGACAAGCAGGAGAAAAAACUAACAGCAUGAUGUUGAUGAUGAAGAAGAAGAAGAGGAGGAGGAGGAGAAUGAAGAAGGGAUUAAAGGUAUAUCGAAACAUAAUAGCAGCGUAAACUGAAUAACUUUCAAAAUUCAUGAUUGAAUCUUGAAUAAAAAUGAUGAUAAAAAC